AUGCUAGUGCAGACGAAGCUGAGGCCAGACCACCACCAGACGGCUCGCAUUGUCGACGCCUAUUUUGAAAAGCAGUCCGAGCUCUUGAAGAAAUCCGUUUUGGGCUUGCGGCGCGUGGGCAAGAAGGUUGACAAGCUGCUUGUGGCAGAAAUUGACUGCUGGCCAUCCCCUUUCGAUCAUAAUUAUUUUGGAGUUCUCCUGCACGGCCUCACGGAGAAUUUUGAGCCACGAAGCUUCUUGCUGUACACAGACAUUCUGGGUACGCCGGAAACGGCGCAGAACCAAGGGCAGCGACUCUUGUCAGUAUGUCGCGACAUGCUGGGCGAUGACAUCACUGAGGUUUGUUGGGCAAUCCAGAGCGACAACACUCCAAAGGCUUCGAAUGUCCCGGCGGUUUUGAACCUGCGCUCGCUACGGUGCUUCGCGCACAUUCUAGCUUUGGGGCCAACGCACCUGCUGCACCCCGUGCGGCGCCAAAGAGAUCGGGCACCUGUGUGGGUUAUGCAUGAGAAUGCGGUGCCGGAGGUAUACGACUUCUGCGAACGCUUGAGGGCAUUCAUCAAGCACUUGGACCGGCACGAAGAGCUUCGUAAGAGCUUGACGGUUAUCUUGCGACGCCACAAUAGCCGGAUCUUUAAGUUGCCCCUGGAUUCUUCUUCGAAGUGGAACAGCACAUUCUUCAUGUUAGAUACCUUCACCCGGAUGCAAGCCUCGAUCAUGGACUGGCUGUCAGUUUACGGGGACAAGCUGCCCCGAGGAGCUGGCGUUGCCCUGGAUGACUUCCGCUUGGCUCGUCAGCUGGCGGGCGUCUUGCGCCCAGUGUUCUGUUGCAGCCAGCUGAUGCAGGGGAAUGCCUUCAAAGGCAGCAGCGAAAAAGACCUUGAACCUGCAGCUGUUGUGGAGGUCGCGGAUGCUGCAGAUGGACAGUUGGUGGCCGUCUCGGAUGCAGACCUACUACCUGCGAUACGCAAUUUCCGCGCAGGCCUCCGCAAUGACCUGGAAUACAACAAACGCCAUCUAGAGGGCUCCAUGCGCGAGCUGGAGAUCGCUGCUGCUCUGGACCCCAGGUACAAGGACCUUGGGUGGAUGACUGUGGCCAAGCGGCAGUCAGUCAGGACAGCUCUACGCGACCUAAUCCUCGAACAAGGUGUGCCAGAUAUGCCACCAGUGCCUGCGCCCAGGGAGAGGGCGCCUGACCGUGGCCCAAUUGAUGGGAUGGCUGGCUUUUUGGAGCGCGGACGUGCUCACUUGAACCAGGUCGUUCCAAUUCCGGCUGACUCCCGAGAUUUCCGGCAGACGGUGCAGGAAGUUUUGCAGCUGCAUUUCAAUGCCCCGAGUGCGCCGCUCAAUGCAGAUCCGCUUGCAAUUUGGGCUGACCGUGUCAAAAAAGGUGGGCCGAUGGCAGUCUAUCUAGCCCCAGUUGCCCGAAAAUACUUGGCGAUCCCCGGGGCCAGCGGCUCCAUAGAGCGAGUUUGGUCCACCGCGAGAACUCUGCUGCAGUUCAACAAAGCUUGCCUCGAGGGCGGGCGCGUCUCCAAACUGUUGCCGCUACGGUACAAUCUUGAGGCUUUAGGCUUGUGGCCAAUGAAGUUCGACCUCCAGUGA